AUGGCCAUGUUCCACUGGCCGCCGGAUGGCCACGUGAUUUGCCGCUUUCGUCCGUUCCCAGACCAGGAAUGCUGUACAUUGUCAGUUCAGAGAACCUUUCUCCACUUGGCCUGUGGUGAAAAUCCCUCUGACAUGCCGCCCAACCUUCCUGUGCUGCGCAGCAGAUCUGCACCUCCAAGAAUUCGGUGUGCCGCAGAAGCGACGAUGGCCAUGGCAGGCACAGCAGGCGCGGCCGCGGAAGGAUUCCCGGCGCGCCUGGUGUUGCAGCUUGAGCCGAUGAUCCCGGAGCCCAGCUUGGCUGAGAUCCCGCCAGCGGCGGCCAGCCCGGCUGAGCCCGCUGCGGGAACAUUGGAAUUGCAUGCAGCAGGACUAUGUGAGCCCUGCAGAUUCUACUUUGGAGAGGAAGUCCGCUGCCAUUUUGGCGAUCGGUGCCGAAAGUGCCACUUUUGCACACGUCAUGAGGCCAAGAAGCGCUGGCGGAUGCUGGGUUAUGAGAAGAGGCAGUUGAAACGAGCACAGAAUGAUGCCCAACCGUAA